AUGGUUCACUCUCUGUUGCAGCUUCCUCUUUCGCUAUUGAAGACGGCACAAGGCCAUCCCAUGUUGGUUGAGCUUAAAAAUGGGGAAACUUACAAUGGACAUUUGGUCAACUGUGAUACUUGGAUGAACAUCCAUCUUCGAGAAGUUAUCUGCACCUCUAAGGAUGGAGACAGGUUUUGGCGUAUGCCUGAAUGCUACAUACGUGGAAAUACCAUCAAGUAUCUCCGGGUUCCUGAUGAGGUCAUUGAUAAAGUUCAGGAAGAAACAAAAACCCGCUCAGAUCGAAAGCCGCCUGGAGUUGGACGUGGUAGAGGGAGGGGUCGAGAAGAUGGUGCCGGCGGAAGGGCUCCAAAGGGUGUUGGCCGUGGGCUCGAUGAUGGGGGUGCCAAGGGUCUGGGUGGAGGGCGUGGAAAAGGUGGUCCUGGUGGGAAGCCUGGCGGAAGCAGAGGUCCAGUUAGAGGACGUGGUUGA